CGAGUACGAUUUUGUAUCACCACCUAUCAAAAAAGAAUCUUGGGCUAAAAUUCCUAUAGAUAAUUUUUAUAUCGAUAUGAAUGAAAUUAUUCAUGAAAACCUGAAUAAAAAUAAGGAAGACGAAAUUUUUGAAGCUAUAUGUGCAUAUGUAGACGAAUUAAUUUUAAUGGUUAAACCAAAAGAAUUAAUUUUUAUUGCAGUAGAUGGUGUUGCUCCUAGAGCCAAAAUGAAUGAACAACGUAAUAGACGAUUUAAAAGUACUCUUAAAGUAUCAUACAGUAAAUUUGACAGCAACUCAGUCACUCCAGGAACGAGGUUUAUGGAGGAUUUUUCUAAAUAUAUUAAAGAAUUUAUUUUUAAUAAAAUUGAAAAUAAUGAUAAUUGGAGAAAAAUAAAAAUUAUAUACUCUGGCCAUGACGUACCAGGUGAAGGAGAGCAUAAAAUCAUGGAAGAUAUCCGUCAUUCUAAUUCAACAUGUGGCUGCAUAUAUGGGAGAGAUUCAGAUUUAAUUUUGUUAGGGCUACUGCAUUAUAAAAAAAAUCUUAGGAUUCUUAGUAGUGAAGACUUUUCUUUGUCUAAAGCUAA